GGUAGGGGACCUAUAAUGGGCACUAUUGGGUUGAGGGCCAAGCGUAGGCUGCCACAAGAUGGCGCACGUUACAGCUAAAGACCUGUCUUUCCAGGGCUACGCUCUACCCUCCUCGGGAUAAUAGGAAAUGCUUGUUCGUCAUUUCCUGGAGCCGGGACAGACUCUGGUUGUUUAUAGCAACGCGGCUCCGGCGGCCAUGCCUGUCUGUCAGCGCUGUAUUUUGGCUCUGUUAGCGGCUGCGGUGUGUGGAGCGGCGGCCUCUGGCACUGCAGGACCCGAUACCAGGGACUAUUUCUCUGUGGACAAUGUGACGGAGUAUGGCGACCUGCUGGGAAAUGACACCGGGGAGGGAGCCUCUACCUCUGCCCCUGGGGAGUAUACAGGAUCGCCCCCCAGUGGAGCGUAUCUUCCCGCGGACACGCAUUCGGACUCUCCGGGAGAAGAUGUCACCACGUCUAGGCCCCCGGUGACUGUAGAACUGCCCGUCUCCACCGAGCUCCCCCAGCCCCGCUCCAUCCCUGCCCUGAUAACCCCCGUUGGCAGCCUGUGUGUCUGUGACCUGCUAGUGAACGCUUGCGAUGUUAACUGCUGCUGUGACCCUGACUGCAGCGCUGCAGAUUUCAGCGUCUUCUCUGGAUGCUCCAUUCCUGUUGUAACUGAUGACAGCCAAUUGUGUAAACGUGAAGCCGUUCUCUAUUCAGUCAGUACUUCAACAGUUCCUGAAAGAGUAACCGAAACAGUGGAAAUAAAUAACCCAAAUAUAUUCUGUAUUCAAUCAACAAAUUAUCAGCCAGCAAUGUCCUUCAUAACCCCAGAUGAUCCAACAAAGGCAAAUUUUGAUAGUCUUCUCAAGGAGUUUGGAGGAAUAGACUUUAACAAUGAAGAUGUACAAAGCACAGUUGGCUCAUCUGAAGCGCGCAAUGCAUCAAAAUAUGAGUAUGGUUCUCCCAUUCUGACUCGUGACUCUUACCUAAAGAUCCCCGCUCCUCUGGGUACAAAUGAGUGCACAGACAGUAACCCAGUAGGAUUUUUGGAUAGUCAAGAUUUCACCUGUAGUCGAAACAUACAGAUAGAAAAUUGCUUAAUUCCGGCCCUGACUCUUGGGACUUACAAAAACAUUGAAGUUUUAACUUUUCCCAGUUCACAAAAUACGAUUAAUGUGACUCUUCAGGCUAUUAUAAUAAAAUCUAUUGAUGAGGCGGUUUUUCGUGGAAAUCUCAGUGACUAUAUACCUUCCUAUGACAAUACUACAGGGGUUUGUAACGAUGUUGUUCUUGGGGGCAGCUAUACAUUUACAUAUACAGAUAAAGGUGGGAUCACUAGUAUUGCAGCAUCCUUUAUUCUUGGAGCAAUUGAUACAAACACCUUUCAACAGAACUUCCAGAUACAUUUCAUUGAGAAUGGCACAGCACCUACCCUUCUGAGUGGGAAUCCAGGCUACGUAUUUGGACUGCCUAUUGUUGCCGGCUUCAAAUUGCCACAAUCAGGAAUAAUUCAGAGUACCAACAGAUUUGGGCAACUGACUCUGCUCAAGAGCUCCAGUGACCAAGACUGUUUAGUGCAAGAGGGAAACAGAACUCCAGUGUUAUUUGGUUAUAACUCGAUAUCUGGAUGCAAACUACGACUCAGUUAUAUUGGUCCUGAAUUUUGUAAGUUUGCCAAAACUGCCAUUCUAAGUGUACUUCAAGGACAACAGUCUCCAAACUACGUGGCCCAGUUUGGGAAUUCACAACCAGAGAAUGUAUUAGACUGGGUACCAGUUACUAUCAAUACAGCAGAUCAAGCUGAUGUUCAGGGUAUGUGCAAAAUCCCAGUUUCUUUAAUUUUGAAAAUUAGCUGGACAAAAUUUGGCUCCUUGGUGAACCCACAGGCGCAGAUUGUGAAUGUAGAGGAGAAUAUCAUCUAUGCUCAGUUCCCAAAUAAUUUGGAAGAUGUAGGAUUCAUACAGAUCUCUUCCUCUGUGACUUUUGUCGAUGUAUCACAGCCGGCCAGUCCAGGUUACAAAGCUCAGCCGACCAUUGAUGCAAAAUUGCCCUUUGAUUUCUUCUACCCAUUUCUAUAAGUGCACAGACUGAUUUGCUACAUCAAUCUUACCAGGCUCUCAGGUCAAGAAAGUGAGACGACUACUUGAAGCUUUCAUUUGGUGGCUGGUCCAUCAUACUUUAUUAUGGUCCAAUAAUUAUAAUACAUUAAGUAUUUUUUUUA